AUGUCUGCCCAGUUAGAUGUUGCCCCCGGGUUCCGCGGCAUGCCUCAAGGCCUUCCUCGCGUUCUUCCAAUAGACCGCAAGCUAUUUCCCGAUGGACUACGCACGAGUGGUCAGCACCCCCCGGUUCCAGAUCAACUGCGCGCAUUUGAGGAGUUCCCACGCGAGAUUAGUGGGCCGACAGUCUGGACUCCACAGGAAAUGAUCGACCACCCGGAGCAGUGGAUCCAUCACUGGACGGAAAAUGAGCUUCAGCAGCUUUUGGAAGCAGUGGAAAACUUCAUUGCCUCGGGAACUCCGCUCGUCAAUAUCAGCAAGUGUAACUUUCGAAUGCCGAAGUUCGAGCCUGAGCUGCAGAGAAUCCGCGAUGAUAUCUUGAAUGGCCGUGGUUUCAUUGUCUUUCGAGGCUUGCCUAUCGAUAAGUGGGGAAGAUAUAAAUCUGCCGUCGCCACAAUGGGAAUAUCGGUUCAUUUCGGAUAUCUGCUGUCGCAGAACAAGCUGGGGCUUAUCUUGGGCCAUGUGACGAAUCAAGGAGCUGACUAUCACAAUCGUCUCCAUACAAUCAAAAUUUCAGCUACUAAUGCCCCGCAAUUCUUCCAUACAGAUGAGACGGACAUUGUGGGUCUUCUUUUCUGCGCGCCAGGAGAAACAGGAGGUGCAUCUGGCUGCGCAUCCGCCCACACAGUUUGGAAUGCCCUCGUGAAGGAGCGACCAGACGUAGCCAAGACCUUGGCUUCUAACAUCUGGUACGUGGAUCGCAAGGGUGAGGUGACAGAUGGUCAAGAGCCCUGGUUCAGGAACCCCGUCUUCAUGAAGGAACCCGGUGGCAAGGAGCGUGUCUACGUCAAAUGGGAUCCAUAUUUUGUCAAGUCAUUGUCUCGUUUCAGUGAUCAGGGACUGAUUCCACCUCUCUCCCAUGAACAGCUUGAAGCCAUGAAGGUUCUUGAAGAGACUUGUCAGCGUCAUGGACUCAUUUACGACUGUGAGAUGGGUGAUAUGCAAUUCGUAUCUUGCUGCCAGACUUUCCAUUCCCGUACUGGAUUUACCGAUGCUGCACCCCCCAAGCCGCAAAGGUACUUAUUGCGGACUUGGGUCGGUACUCCCGAACAGGAAGGUGGCUGGUGCCUUCCUUUUCAUGACAGUUUCUAUCCCAAAAGGGGUGGAAUUCAAGUCGACAGUACCCCUCCUGUGGCUGAACCUCUUAUUACCACAGGUGGCACAGAUUAG